AUGCUCCAGCUGCAGCAUCAAGUAUUUCCAUUAAACAUCCUCUCAGUUGGAGCCUGGGGUCGGAGCCUGGGUCAGGGCCUUUGUCAGACACUUGGUCAGGGCCUGGGUCAGGGCCUAGGUGAGGGCCUGGGUCAGGGUCUAGGUCAGAGUCUAGGUGAGGGCCUUGGUCAGAGUCUAGGUGAGGGCCUUGGUCAGAGUCUAGGUGAGGGCCUUGGUCAGAGCCUGGGUCAGGGCCUAGGUGAGGGCCUUGGUCAGAGUCUUGGUCAGAGUCUUGGUCAGAGUCUGGGUCAGAGCCUGGGUCAGACUCUCAGUCAGACGGAGUCUGAGUUUCUCUCUGAGCAGUAA